AAUGGCGGAUGGACCCAACGAAUUCAAGCUGAAUCAACCUCCAGAUGACGGGAUUUCUGCCGUUAAAUUUAGUCCAGCUUCGCUGAAUUUUUUACUUGUAUCAUCUUGGGAUUCRAGUGUCAGGUUAUAUGAUGUACAGAACAACUCCAUGCGGUUUAAGUAUAACCAUUCCAAUGCCGUGCUAGACUGCUGCUUCCAAGAUGGUGUGCAUUGUUAUAGUGGAGGAUUAGAUAAGACACUAAAGGCGUAUGAUUUUAAUGCUUCACAAGAACAAAUUGUUGGCAUGCAUGAAGACACUAUACGCUGCGUAGAAUAUUGUCAACAACUUAAUUUGAUUAUUACCGGAAGUUGGGACAAAUCUAUUAAAUUAUGGGAUCCAAGACAAAGGCAAUGUACAGGAACAUAUGCCCAACCUGAAAUGGUUUAUACCAUGGGACUGGCUGAUGAGAGGCUCGUAGUUGGAACUGCAGGAAGGAGAGUAAUGGUCUGGGAUCUCAGAAACAUGAGCUAUGUACAGCAAAGAAGAGAAUCAAGUCUAAAGUAUCAGACAAGAUGUAUAAGAUGUUUUCCAAACAAACAAGGUUAUGUGUUAAGUUCAAUAGAGGGCAGAGUUGCUGUAGAGUACUUUGAUCCCAGUCCUGAGGUUCAAAAGAGAAAAUAUGCAUUCAAAUGCCAUCGCAUCAAAGAAAAGGAGAUUGAACAAAUAUACCCUGUCAAUGCUAUUGCAUUCCACAACAUCCACAACACAUUUGCCACAGGAGGUUCUGAUGGUUUUGUUAAUAUCUGGGAUGGAUUCAACAAGAAGAGACUCUGCCAGUUUCAUAGAUAUCCCACUAGUAUUUCAUCCUUGUCAUUCAGUCAUGAUGGCAGUCUGUUGGCCAUAUCAAGCUCAUACAUGUAUGAAGAAGAUGAAAAAGACCAUCCACCAGAUGCAAUAUACAUCCGCCGAGUGUCCGACGCAGAAACUAAACCCAAAUGAGUGGCUUGUCAACUACGUCAGUUCUGUCAGAGUACACAUACUAUUCACGAACAUGUCUUAAUUCGUAAGACAUUUUUAUAAAACUUAGUUACUGCUUGCAGGUUUCCCCGAAAAAUUAGAUGACCAAUGCAGGGUUCAUGCUACUCCUUAAACUCCUUGAAAACUCCUUGAAUUUAAUUCAUGUUUUCAAGGGCACUUCAAUUUUACGAUUUUAGCGAAACUCCUUGAGAACUCCUUGAAUUUUUUCUUUGAUCAUUACUUGC